UUGAUAUUUGUUUAAUUUUCUUUGUCCAGAAGGGCAGCCAUGGAAGCUUUCAAGGGUGUGGAACACGAUCACCACAACAGUAGAGUUUUCAGCAAUUUCUUUUCCCCCAUCGCACGAUCUUCCCUUAUUUUCCGCCCAUUUUCCCACUCUCCAAACAACCCUAAACGAUCGCUUCGGAGGCCCCAAAUACGAAAUCGACUUUUUUUGGCGCAGAGAAAAAGACACCGGAAUUGUCUCUGUCUCUGUCUCCGCAUAAUUGAAAAAUUUCCCAUUUUUCCAUUUUGGAAGAGGAGGAUACCUCCGAGGAGGAGAAAGGAAUAGGGGGAGGAAUUUUUUUUUGUGUGGUUUCUAUCAUUUCGUUUCUGGCCGGAAAAAGAUGAAUUUCACGAAGCUCGAUGAUUCGCCGAUGUUCCGGCAACAGAUGCAAUGUAUGGAAGAAAACGCGGAGUUGCUGCGGAUGAGAAGCUUAAAGUUUCAUAAAGGAUGCAGGAAGUACACGGAAGAGCUGGGAGAAGGGUAUGAUGCAGAUAUUGCCUUUGUAAAUGCGCUUGAACAUUUCGGAGGAGGCCAUAAUGAUCCCAUUUGUGUUGCUUUUGGAGGUCCCGUCAUGACGAAAUUCACAAUUGCUUUACGAGAAAUUGGAACUUACAAGGAACUCCUUCGCUCCCAGGUAGAACAUAUGUUGAAUGAUCGAUUGCUUCACUUCGUAAAUGUUGAUGUCCAAGAUGUUAAGGAAGCUCGAAAACGCUUUGACAAGGCUUCCAUUAUAUAUGACCAGUCACGUGAGAAGUUCCUUUCACUGAGGAAGAGCACUCGAUUGGAUGUGGCAGCUGUCAUAGAGGAGGAACUGCAUAAUGCAAGAACGGCCUUUGAGCAAGCCCGGUUCAAUCUGGUCCGUGCACUCUCUAAUGUGGAAGCUAAAAAGCGAUUUGAGUUUUUGGAAGCAGUUAGUGGGACAAUGGACGCUCAUCUUCGAUUCUUCAAGCAGGGGUAUGAACUAUUACAUCAAAUGGAGCCUUUCAUUAAUCAGGUUUUGGCUUAUGCACACCAGUCCAGAGAAUGUGCCAACUACGAGAUGGCAUCUCUUAACGAAAGGAUGCAGGAUUACAGAAGGCAAGUUGAUCGAGAAACUAAAACCUCAGGCGGAUCUCCAACAGAGGACGGCAUUAGACAGCUCUCAAGAAAUUCACAGAAAGUCAUAGAGGCUGUAAUGCAAUCUGCCGCUAAAGGAAAGGUUCAGACUAUAAGACAAGGAUAUCUAUCUAAGCGUUCCUCGAACUUGAGAGGUGACUGGAAGAGAAGAUUCUUUAUUCUCGAUAGCCGAGGGAUGCUGUACUAUUAUCGCAAACAAUGGAAUUGGUCCUCGGGUAAUGGAAACCGAUCUGCUGUAUAUAGAAAUAUGGCUUCGGAAAACAGUCCCGGGCUGCUAAGCCGGUGGUUGUCUUCACAUUAUCAUGGUGGUGUGCACGAUGAAAAGCCAGUUGCCCGUCACACUGUGAACCUGCUAACCUCAACAAUCAAAGUUGAUGCAGAUCAAACGGAUUUAAGGUUCUGCUUCAGAAUUAUUUCCCCAACAAAAGUUUACACAUUGCAGGCAGAGAAUGCGCAAGAUCAAAUGGACUGGAUUGAGAAAAUAACAGGAGUAAUUGCUUCUUUAUUGAGUUUCCAGACACCUGAAAGGGCAAUCAUGCGUCUCUCUACUACGGAAGGAGGUGAUACUUUCUCGGCAAGUGACUCUGGUUCUUUGGCAGAUGCACCCGAUAUUGACCCAGCAGAAAAUGGCGAACCCAUCUCAGACCAUGCCAUUACUGGAAACUGUUUAAGGUUUUCUGGGUGCCUGCAGCAACAGGACAUGACAAAGAACGAAAAGCCAAUUGACGUGUUGAUAAGAGUUCCCGGGAAUGAACAAUGCGCUGACUGUGGUUCUCCUGAACCUGAUUGGGCUUCUUUGAAUCUUGGAGUUCUUAUUUGCAUUGAAUGUUCUGGUAUCCAUCGUAACCUCGGGGUACAUAUAUCAAAGGUCAGAUCACUCACCCUUGAUGUUAAAGUAUGGGAACCAUCUGUCUUGACAUUAUUGAAGUCGUUGGGUAACAUAUAUGUGAACUCAGUGUGGGAGGAGUUGUUGUAUUCCAAAGGCAAACCUUCUAAUGAUGACAAAUCUUCUGGCGCUCCCAAGUCUGAUCGACCAAGAAAGUUUCUCGCGAGGAAGCCUGGUUUCAAUGAUCCAAUAUCCGUGAAAGAGCUGUUCAUUCAUGCUAAGUAUUCGGAGAGGAUUUUUCUCAACAAAGUAGCAGACAGCAAGCAUUUCCCGAUGGUUUUCCAAGAGAUAUGGGAAAGUGUUCGUGCCAAUGACAAGAAAUCAGUGUACCGUCACAUUGUCUGUUCUGAAGUAGAUGUGAACGCCAUCCAUGGGCAAGCAACAUACACUGUAUCUUUGCCCCUAGCAAAGGUGAUGCAAUUGGAGGAGGAGGAAACCCUUGAAGCCAAAUUCAAAGAUGAAUCCCGUUGUGAAAAGCCCGAGAUAUAUUCUGACGCAUUGGAAAACGGGGAAGGUUUAGUCAGUGAAGAGACUUCCAAUGACUGUUCUGUGCUUCACCUUGCCUGUCUCUAUGCAGAUAUCGGCAUGGUGGAAUUGUUACUUCAGUAUGGUGCAAAAAUAAAUGCAACAGAUUCACAGGGCCGGACUCCACUUCAUCAUUGCAUCAUAAGCCGGAGAUAUGCAAUUGCCAGGUUGCUACUUACGAGGGGGGCAGAUCCAAACGCUGUGGAUAAAGAUGGCAACAUACCUGUCAACUACGCUUCAGAGAUAGACCUUAAGGACAAUGAGCUGUCCACAUUGUUAACAGACGGCAGAAGAUGAUGAUACUGUAACAGAACUGGUACAGUAGUCUUUUUCACCAAAACUGUUGGUAACCCGAAUUCUUAUCCUUUAUAUUCUUUGGACCGAUCUGACCCGGCAGGGUUGCUUUGGACCGAGUCGGUAGUACAGCAUGUACGUAGGUUUUGGUCUAGUUGGUAUAUAACAGUUGGCAUUGUGGUGUACACAUCAGUUUUUUGGAGGGGGUGCAUGUUCUAAAGAAGAAUCUAAGUUUCGGUUUCAUCA